AUGGACAUUGAUGUUAGUACACUUGUCCUCCCUGCUGAUGUGGAGAAUUUGUCUCAAACAGCUAUGAUGUUGUGUGUGUGCGAUAUCCUUGACACCAUUGUCAGACCCUUUGAAAUCAUCAUACUAAUUACCAUCUUUGCCAAUUGCGUGGCUCUGGCUGUGUACACGCCCCUACCAGACGAUGACACCAAUUCCUUGAAUUUCAAGUUGGAAAAGAUUGAGUACAUCUUCCUGAUAAUAUUCACAAUUGAAGCAAUUUUGAAAAUCAUUGUGUAUGGCUUCCUGUUUCACCCAGAUGCCUACUUGCGGAAUUUCUGGAAUAUUCUGGAUUUUGUCAUAGUCUUUGUUGGCCUCUGUACUGUGGCCCUGGAGCAUCUGAGUCUAUCAGCGAAGAGUGCGGGCUUUGAUGUGAAGGCCCUUCGAGCGUUCCGUGUGUUAAGACCAUUGCGCUUGGUGUCAGGAGUUCCCAGUUUGCAGGUGGUUCUGAACUCGAUCAUCAAGGCCAUGGUCCCUCUGCUUCACAUUGCUCUGCUGGUCCUCUUCAUGAUCAUCAUCUAUGCCAUCAUUGGGCUGGAGCUGUUCAUGGGCAAAAUGCACAAAACAUGUUUUUAUACUGGCACAGGUACCGUGUGGACAGCGUGA